AUGCCUCUAGACUAUGAGCGGAUGUUGUCGACCGAAUUUCAUCGCCGGCCAUCCCCUGCUAUUCGUGGUCUGUUGGCUUUUGAAUCCAAGCCUGACAUGAUUUCGUUCUUGGCAGGUAAGCCGAACCCCAGUGGAUUCCCUUUCCAGUCGAUUUCGGUGACCCUAAAGCCAGAUGCCAUCAUGUCGAAUGACCCUGAGACAAACACGCCCACAGAGCUUGUGAUUGAGGGAGACACUCUAAAUCGUGUAUUGCAGUAUGGCUCAUCGUCCAGCGACAUUUUGUUCAGCGAGGCUAUCGGUGCUAUUGUCACAGCGGUGCACGGACGCACCAGGAACGACGGCACCCCAGCCGGCGAUUUCGAAAUGUCUGUCGGUACUGGAUCGCAGGAUUUGUUGUCCAAGACUAGCACAGUGCUUUUUGACCCCGGAGAUACUGUGCUCCUCGAGUCACCCAUGUACCCCGGCCUGCUGCCAGAUUUCACGUCUCGAGGUAUUCAUGUGGUCAAUAUUGACACGGAUGACGAAGGCUUGUCGGCCACAUCCCUCGCAUCCGUACUCGAAAAUUGGUCGACCAAUGCCAACACUGCCCAUCUUCGAUUCCCCAAAGCACUCUACACCGUGCCCACCGGCGGAAACCCGGCAGGAACUACCGCAUCAGCCGACCGAAAGCGCGAGAUAUUGCGGCUUGUUCGCACUCAUAAUGUUCUCAUUCUGGAAGACGAUCCGUAUUUCUACCUUGCUUUCGAUGGGCUGGGUGAGGAUCCUGUGUCGCGCAAACGCGUUCCGAGUUACUUUGCCCUAGAGCGCGAAGAGAGCGAAACAUUCGGGUGCGGCUACGUCUUGCGCUUUGAAAGUUUUUCCAAGAUCCUUUCAGCAGGCAUGCGCGUCGGCUAUGUGGUCGGCCCGACACCUAUUGUCCGUGCCAUUGUGGCGUACACAGCCUCAUCGAACAUUCACCCAUCGUCGCUCGACCAGGUCAUAAUUGCACAGCUGCUUAAGCACUGGGGUGUAAAUGGCUUUCUGCAGCACGUUGACAAGGUGGCUACAAUGUAUAAGCAUCGAAGGGACAUGUUUUUGCAGAGCCUCAAUGCGACGCUGCGCGGCGAUGCACCGGUAGCAACGUGGGUCAUGCCCGUCGCAGGCAUGUUUUUCUGGCUCAAGCUGCACUUGCCACCUACAGCCACCGCACCGGGAGGUGACUCUUUCAAGACCAUAUCCGAAAACGCGAUCGCUCACAAUGUGCUCGUUGUCCCAGGCUCAUCAUUUUAUGCAGACGGCCGCGUGACACCGUAUGCCCGCGCCAGCUUCAGUGUGACGCCGGAUGACCAGAUCCUUGAGGGUUUGCGGCGUUUGCGUAAGGCCAUUGAAGCCACUUGGAAGGAGGCAGGUUAUGACACCAUUCCUCCUAUGCCAUAG